CAUCCCCAGGCCCAAACACCGCCCCCACCACAGCCUCAGCACCCACCAGUGCACCCACCAGUGCACCCCCAGACACUGGCCCAACCACAACAGCAGCACCUGCCGCCUCAGUCUCCUCAACAGGCCCCGCAGCCUCUGCCCCAAUCACCUCAGCGCCCUCAGCCACCGCCGCCACAGUCUCCGCAACAGCAACAGCAACAGCAGCAGCAGCAGCAAAAGCCACAGGCCGUCAGUGACUACCACCAUAUGCCCCCACCGCAGCAACAGCCACAGGCCGUCAGUGACUACCACCAUAUGCCCCCGCAGCAGCAACAGCAACAGCCACAGGCCGUCAGUGGCUACCACCACAUGCCCCCGCAGCAGCAGCAGCAACAGCAACAGCCACAGACCGACAGUGACUACCACCACAGGCCCCCACCACAGCAACAGCCACAGACCGUCAGUGACUACCACCACAUGCCCCCGCAGCAGCAGCAGCAACAGCCACAGACCGACAGUGGCUACCACCACAGGCCCCCACCACAGCAACAGCCACAGACCGUCAGUGACUACCACCACAGGCCCCCACCACAGCAACAGCCAAAGGCCAUCAGCGGCUACCACCACAUGCCCCCACCACAGCAGCAGCCACAGGCCGUCAGUGACUACCACCACAUGCCCCCACCACCACAGCAGCAGCCACAGGCCGUCAGUGGCUACCACCACAUGCCCCCACCACCACAGCAGCAGCCACAGGCCGUCAGUGACUACCACCACAUGCCCCCACCACCACAGCAGCAGCCACAGGCCGUCAGUGGCUACCACCACAUGCCCCCACCACCACAGCAGCAGCCACAGGCCGUCAGUGACUACCACCACAUGCCCACCACAGCAGCAGCCACAGGCCGUCAGUGACUACCACCACAUGCCCCCACCACAGCAGCAGCCACAGGACGUCAGUGGCUACCACCACAUGCCCCCACCACCACAGCAGCAGCCACAGGCCGUCAGUGACUACCACCACAUGCCCCCACCACAGCAGCAGCCACAGGCCGUCAGUGGCUACCACCCCAUACCCCCACCACAGCAGCAGCAGCAGCCGCCAGCUCCUCCGCCCCCACCUCCUCCUCCACCUCCACCGCCACCUCUCCCUCCGCCACCGUCGGUUCAAAGUGUGUCGCACCACUCGCCAGCUCCCACCAUGUACAAGUACAGCACGAUCACCAGGCUGCAGAACCAGAGUGCCUCGCAGACGGCCAAUCACCACAGGCUGCCCGGUUUCCUCCACGCUCAGCAAGUUCUGCCCCCAGCUCCGAAACCGCCUGUUGCUAAAGUGUCCAUCAAACCCAAUGUGAACCACAUUGCGGCAAGGACUAAUGUCCCGCCUCCCCCGCCGCCACCUCCUCCGCCAUCCAUGCCCACCCCUGGGUCAGCCAUGGCCGUGCUGAGGCUGGGCCCUCCCCCUAGCCCCCCACCUGCCUUCGUACCUCCGCCCCCAGCUCCUCCUCCUGCUCCACACACCAAUGGUGUAGCAUUUCCUCCUCCACCCCCGCCUGGUCCUGCUCCCAUGAGCCAGCCCGUUUACCCCAACGGGCUGAAGCAGGCGCUGAAGGAAAGGUUCCCCAGCCCGCCACGGGACCUCUUGUCUCCGAAUGGAGACCUCGACGAGUCCCCACCGCCUGCCCCCGCUCCACCACCGCCACCUCCUCCUCCUCCACCACCUCCACCACCUCCUCCCCCUCCCCAGCAGUUCCCAGUGCCAGCUCAGUUUCCACCCCCUCCUGUGCCCCCACCAGCACCACCCAAAACCUUCACCCCAGGUUUUAUCCCUCAUGCUGCCCCCAAGCCCAUGUCACCUGUCUCCCCUUUCCCUCCUGCCCCACCCUCUGCCGCCUUAGGGGGCCCAGCCCCGCCACCACCUCCACCCCCACCUUCAUCCGGACCCUUCAAGAAGCAGUUCAGCCUCCAUGCAGGGCACACCUCCAGCCACCCCCCUCCGACUCUGCCCAAGCAGCACAGCCUCUCUAAACCACCCAUGUCCACAGGAGCCCCUCCCACCAUGUCUUUAGUGAAACAACUGGCCAGUCAGUUUCCAGGAGCCCCCUCCCAAGUAGCCAAUCACACAGAGAGCCCCAAAGCCCCCUCUCACCACCUGCAGUCAAGACCAAACCAAGAUGGCAGCCAGGGGGUGUCCAGCAGCUUCAGUCUCCCGAGUUCCCUCCUCCUCCUCCAGACAGCAACGCUGGUUUUCCUGCUCCCCCUGCUGCCCCUGCUCCCCCUGCUCCCCUGCUCCCCCUCCGCCGCCUCCGCCACCUCCCCCAGCACCUGUUACUGGCCCGACUCCGCCCCCUCCUCCCUCCCCUGGAAACCUGGACUCCACCAUGAGGUCACCGUCUGGCUCCUCCAACUUUGGAGGCAAAAAAGCACCUCCUACCCCCCACAGGAACUCCAGCGUCAAGUCCGAUUCCUCAGCCUCGUAUGAGGAAUCCAGGAGGAACUUGCUCAGUAAGUUUGCCACCAAGAGCAACACCCCACCUUCAUCCCCUUGUCCCACCUCCUCCUCUACUGGAUCUCCCUCUAAGGACCACUCAGCUGGACCCCCCGCUCCCCCGAAACCAGGCAAGCUC